UUUCCUUCCGUUUCUCUUCUAGAUAUUUCUACAUUAAAUUCCCAACUCAACUGAUAAUGUCUAAUUAUACUGAUUUAGUUAGUAAAUUCGGCAAGGAGACUUCAAGAGCUGCUUGCAAAAAGUGUGGUUAUGCUGGCCACCUCACAUUCCAAUGUAAAAACUUUAUCAAAGUAGACCCAAACAAAGAGAUAGUGUUAGAUGUGAGUAGCACAAGCAGUGACAGUGAGCAGGAAUAUGCAACUCCGCUGCAGACUCUGCGGGAGGCUGAAUUACGGCAGAAGCUGCAGGAAAAACUACAGAAGGCUAAAGAAAAGAAAAAGAGUAAAAAGCGCAAGAGAUCAUCAAGUACCUCAAGCACCACUUCAUCAUCAUCAUCAUCAACAUCUUCCACUUCAUCGGACAGCAGUGACUCAGAUAGAAAGAAGAGAAGGAAGCACAAAAAGAAAGAAUCAAAGAAGUCCAAAAAAUCUAAGAAAUCUCGUAAGGAUAAGAAAAGUAGAAAAUGACAUUUAUGAAAUAAGAUUUAGGUCUAAUUUAACUGUAUGUGACCCAUGUGGCAGGGAACUUAUUAGCAAUAAUCAAGGCUGACUAUUAAAAAAGUUGUGUUGGUUUUUAGACAAAUAUUUGUGUAUAGGCCAUAAAUAAUUGACUGAUUUUACAAUAAGUGUAUUGAAUAAUUUUAAGUUUCCAUUAUAUUACCACACUAUUAAACAAUAUCAAUGAGUUGUACACUAUCUGUUUUAUUAUCUCUGUUAUGAAUCUUUUUUCUGUGUUUUAUUAAUUAAUUUGUUAUGGCAUUAACAAUUACAAAGUAUUGUAGUUUUGAGAUGAGAGGAAUCAUUACUGUUUGUACAUUUAAAUUUUUUUGUAUUCUUAUCAAACAAUGAAGAAUCAAUAGUCUAUUUUAAAUUUUACAAACUAAGACAUAUACCAGUAAUAUGGAAUACCUACCUAUGUAGUCCACAAAUUGAACAUGCCUAAAUUAAUUUUAUUAUAGUAAACAAACUUGAACCCUAUUUUAAGCAAUAAAUAAAUACCUCAGCAUGUAAAAUAUGUGAUGUUAACCAGCAACGAAUAAACAUAAACCAGA